AAGGCACAACAAACAAGAAGGGCGUGUAGAAUAACAGGAAAACGUUGGUAUUUGCUGACUGAAAGAGGAGAACAUGUGAAGGAAAUCAGGACGUAUUUCUUUGCUGCCGCUGUGUUCCUAGAGCAUCUGUACCUCCACCGGAGGAAGCUGCAUCUCUUGAGCCGCUGCUAUCUGCUCAUAAUCUGUGCACUAUCCUCAGCUGCAUCUCACUGUGGAUCAUACAGCUUGUGACGGGUGGAAGAUGAUGUGAGAACAGGCUUUCGGGGAGCAGAAAGGUUGACUGGACGUUUACAAGGUUUCCACUGAGCAAGGAUUUUUCUGCGCGCAGUCCUCAGUCGCAUCACCGCCGACUUGUGUUAGACGCAAAGGAGGGAAAAAAGACAGACUUGAUCAUCUCCUCACUAUUUAAUUAUUUAGCAGUAUCUGUACCUCAAGAUCAUCAUAUGCUGGUGCCUUUGUCUUACAUCCCGUGCAUGAUCUUAAACCCAGGCUUGAGGUGGCGUUGACACGGAUGAACGCUGAUGGCCAGGCGCCCCAAAUUUCCUCAGAAGGGGGAUGCAACCUAAAAUAACCCCGGUGCCAAAUGUUUUCCGCACAUCGCAAACCGAGGGAGCCCUGAAUCUGUGACACGUACGGCUUCUCCGGAGACUCUCCCCACUCCUGUCCCCCGACCACUCGGAGCCCGGGCAUCGGCGACUUUUUAAUGGCUUUUGUCUUCAGAAGAUGGAGGGUUUUACUGGUGCUGAACGUGCUUGCAGUUGCUGGGUUCAUGACUUUCUGGGCCAAGUGCAACACACGCAGCAUCCAAGCCGCCGGUCCGGAGGCUCCGGCUGACGGGAAGAGGCCCCGGGGCAACGGGACGGCGCAAGGGCCCAGCAUCAGUCAUGAAGUGCUGCUGAAGAGGCUCAGCUCGCUGGAGGAUGUGGUCUACAGACAGUUAAACGGUCUGUCCAAAUCUCUGGGCCUGAUUGAGGGCUUCGGGGGUCGGGGUAAAGACGGCCUCCCUGCCACCCUGUCGCCAGCUGAGGAGAGCGAUGCCAAAUACCUUAGGGAGAAAUAUGGCUACAACGCAUACCUCAGUGACAGAAUCUCUCUGGAUCGGACCAUACCGGACCACCGGCCCGGCAAAUGCAGAAAGGUCAGCUACCCAAGAGAUCUUCCCCAGAUCUCCCUCAUCUUCAUCUUCGUCAACGAGGCUCUGUCGGUGAUCCUGCGCUCAGUCCACUCGGCUGUCAACCACACUCCGGCUCACUUGCUCAAAGAGAUCAUCCUGGUGGACGACAACAGCGAUGACGAGCAGCUGAAAGGACCGCUGGAGGAGUAUGUCAACAAGCGCUACCCCGGCCUAGUGAAGAUCGUCAGGAACCAGAAGAGAGAGGGACUGAUCCGAGCCAGAAUUGAGGGCUGGAAGGUGGCCACUGCCGAGGUGACGGGAUUUUUUGACGCCCAUGUGGAGUUCACCCCAUCCUGGGCCGAGCCGGUUCUGGCCAGAAUAAAAGAGGAUCACAAGAGGAUCAUUCUGCCUUCCAUCGACAACAUCAAGCACGACACAUUCGAGGUGGAGCGCUACGAGAACUCAGGCCAUGGCUACAAUUGGGAGCUGUGGUGCAUGUACAUCAACCCGCCAAAACAGUGGUGGGACGAGGGGGACAUAUCCGCUCCCAUCAGGACUCCCGCCAUGAUUGGCUGCUCCUUCGUGGCCAACCGCGACUACUUUGGGGAGCUCGGUCUGCUCGACUCAGGCAUGGAUGUCUAUGGAGGGGAGAACAUCGAGCUGGGCAUCAGGGUGUGGCUAUGUGGAGGCAGUAUGGAGGUGCUGCCGUGUUCCAGGGUGGCUCACAUCGCACGGAUGAAGAAACCCUACCACAGUAACAUAGCUUUCCACACACGGCGUAAUGCUCUACGCGUGGCUGAGGUCUGGAUGGAUGAGUACAAGUCCAACGUCUACCUGGCCUGGAACAUCCCCAUGGAGAACCACGGUAUUGAUUACGGAGACAUCUCUCAGAGGGUUGCACUGAGGAAGAAUCUGCAGUGUAAGAGCUUUGAGUGGUACCUCGACAAUGUUUACCCAGAGAUGAGGAGGUACAACAACACGCUGUUCUACGGCGAGAUUCGUAACUCUAAAGCGAGCCACCUGUGUAUGGAUCAGGGUAUGAAGGAGAACCACACGGCCACCCUGCACCCCUGCCACGGAUGGGGUCCUCAGUUAGGACGUUACACCAAAGAGGGUCAGCUGUUCCUGGGCCCUCUGGGCAGCACCGGGGAGGAUACUCGAUGUGUGGUGGACGAUCAGAUCAGCAGCUUUCCUCAGCUCCUCAACUGUGACAAGGUGACCAACGUGAAGCAGAAGACAUGGCAUUUCUCUCAGAAUGAAUCGAUCAUAAAUCGAGCCACGGGACGCUGUCUGGAGGUGAUGCCGGCUAACGUUUAUUUUGGCCACCUGCUGGUCCUGCAGCCCUGCUCCGGGCAGAGGUGGGCCAUCAAGAACACCAUGAAGCAGUAGUCAACUGGCCAAUUUCACUGGGACCAAUGACGACAGAGGCCAUUUUAAAGAGCUGUCACCUGACCUCGGCUCGACCGAGGGACGACUGAUGAGGCAGAGGCUCCUCAUCUCAAGAAAAUACAGAGACGGUUUAAAAGAGAUAUGAGCUGUGAACCUCUCAGCGAUACAAGGUUUGUGAAAAAUGUUUGUUUUUACGAAGCGGACGUUCAAAUUGAUGCAAGUUUAGCAUGAGGACUGUUUCUCUCACCAUCUGAAUUUGACAAACUUUCGAUGUGACGUUGCCAUAAUUCCUGUGCCACUUAUCUACACUGUUUUUAUGUUUAAUGAUGGAGAUCGGAUCAGACAAAACUAUGUUCUGUCUCAUGUGCGGGGGAAAUAAGGUUUCUAUCUUCAUCCUCAUAAUGUUUCUGCAUUAUUUCAUUCUGUAUCAUGUUAUGUCUUCGCAGAUGUGUAAAAGAAUGAAACACCUGGAAUUAACCUUUCAGUGAUAUACACUGAUCAGAAACCCUGUAAAUAUCUAUAAUUAGCAGAAAAGGGCAUUUACAAUAAAUAAUACUUGGUGUACCAGAGCCUAUUUUCUUUUUCAGUUAUUGUGAAUCAUCUCAAAAAUCACAUUGUCGAGGGCUACAUGGUUUCAUAUGUUGUGGAUGCAUUUGUCUUUUUUAAUGUCAUUUCUUCUCAAGGCAUUCGAUAGCACCAAAUGCAGUACAUCUUGUAGCAUGAUUGUAAGUACUGUAUGCACAUGGGGACCGAGUAAAGUUAAGCUGAGUUAUUCUGUUACCUACUGAGUGCCAUAACUAUUGCAGACGGCCAAAACUAACAGGCUUCAGCCUGAAGCUCUUUUUUUGGACACAGAGAUAAAACUGCAGACUAUGAGAAGAAAAUUUAAUCAGGAAUGGAAAAGUGCACAAGUGUAUCGAUUGUGAAAUGCGGGAGGCCCUUGAGGCCGGUAUUAUUAUUGUAUUGAGAUGUAUAUGAUGUCAUAUAUUCAAUUAAUUCAAUGUUAUCAGUUGGAUUUUUGCCUCCAAGAUUGUCUUCCAAUAAACAACUGGUUUCCUGUUUUUGGCAUGGUUACUGUUUUCGAGGAGAA